UUCUGCGCAUGUGCAGCCCAUUUUAAAUUGCGUAGUUGGAUGCGCGCGAGUGGGCGCGCUCCCGGGCGCGCUCGCUGGAUCGCGGCUCCUUAGUUCCCGUCAUCUACCGCCUUUUUCGCUUAAGGUGCUACUGGGUUUCCGCCUGGCUGCUCUACGGGUGACUCCGUCCUCGCUGGGCUGCCCGGAGCUGCGGCCCGUGUGAACUUCCGCCCCCAACCCCUGCGCGGGCUGAGCCGGGCCGGAACAUGGCCGCGUGGGGGCUGGAUCAUCUCAAAAAUGACUAUAGAAGAAGAUUUUGCCGACCUUCCAGGGCACCUGACAUUAAUACAGAGCAAGGCCAGAAUAUACUGGAAAUCUUACUAGACUGUUUUGAAGAAAAAAGUCUUGCCAGUGAUUUUAGCACAAAUUCCACAAAAUCAGUGCUUUAUUCAACACCUAAAAUAAAAGACAUUUGUGUUCAGUCACCAAGUAAAGAGACUCAGUGCCAGAAAUCACAUCCAAAGUCAGGUACAGUUUCUUCAAGGAAGAAAGAAGCCCCUCUGCAGUUAAUUGUGGAACCAAGUGAAGCUGUCAACAAAUCAGUUCAGGCCCAUGAGGUUCAUCAGGAAAUUUUGGCAACUGAUGUUCAUUCUAACAAUACAUCUGACUUGAGAAAAAUGUCAAGUAAAAAACUAAAAGAUCAUCACAAUGAAGCUGAUGAGGAAUUUUACUUAUCUAUUGGCUUACCUUCUGAUCAUCUGGAUGCAAAAGCAUCUUCAUUGCAAAAGACUAUUCCAUCUGUUGCCCAAAAGAGAGAGACCUAUACUUCUGAAAAUUCAGUAAAUAUGCUGCCUUCAAGUACAGAGAUUUCUCAUAAAACCAAAAAAAGGUUAAACUUUGAAGAUAAAGAUGAUUUGAAGAAAGUAGAAGUAACGAAUAAAGUAGCAGAAAUAGAAGAUAAAGUUUCAGAAGGACCACAAGAGAGGAAACAGUUAGGAACAUCUCAAAAAAGAAUACAAGAUUCAGAAUGUGAAGAUCAACCACAAGCUAGAAAGAGUUUUUCAACAUUGUUUUUAGAAACUGUAAAAAGAAAAGGUGAAUCCAGUUCUGUUGUUAGGCAUAUAGCAACUGCUCCACCUCAUUUAUCUCCUGCAAAUAAUAUGAAGUUAUUAGAAGAUGAAUUUAUAAUUGAUGAAUCAGAUAAAAGUUUUGCCAAUCAACCAUGGAUUACUAUACCAAGGAAGACUGGGCCUCUGAAACAAUGCACAGUAUCUCCUGCUGAGAGCACUGUACUCCUUCAAAGGAAGAAGUCAAGAGAAAAACAUGACAGUGUAUCAUCUACAAGUUUGAAAAGUGGCAAACAUCCUGGUAAAGCUCACCCAGUAGAGAAAUCUCAGUCCUCUGAACAAAAAAUACUGGGUGGGAGUUGUGCUUUGACAGAUGAAAUGGAAAAUAAUUGUAAAUCUUCAAAAUAUGAAAUGUAUUCUGAGAAUGCAAAAAAAUCAUCUGGAAACAAAAGGACUAUAAAACAAAAACGGGGAACAAAAUUUAAGGCCAGUGUAGUUGAAGAACAAGUUGACAUGGAACAAUCUAAAGGUAAAAAUAUAAAUAUAUCACAUAUUGCCCAAGACAGGUUCCAAAGAAAUUCAGACCGAAAUAUGGACGAGGGUGAAGAGAUAAGUGUUCACACUUCCAAAAAACAGUUGCUACCUCUGGGAAGCAAGAAAGGUAGCACCAAUGUUCCUCAUGCAGAGAAUCAGAAAAAAGAUAAGGAACACAAAAAGAAGCGUUUUUCAGAUGGGUCCAAGAAGAACAAAAUUGUACCUGAAGAAUUGACUUCAACUGUCACAAGAAGUCGAAGAAUUUCCAGACAUCCAUCUAAUUGGUGGGUGGUAAAAUCAGAGCAGAGUCCUUUUUCUAGCAAUUCUUCAGUAAGAAGUGAAUUGUCAUUGUAUCAUAACAGUAAACAAAAACCUGCUGAAAAAACAAACCAAUCAUCUAAGAACACUGGGAAAAAAACUAUUCCAUUUAAAAGGCAGAAGAGAACUGAUGAAGGCAGCUCAAGAACACAGAAGGUUUUAAAUGCUAAAGAUUCCGGUUGUUCCCAGAAUGAGUCAUUGGAAAGUGGUGAGGCAGACCCAGCUGAGAAGAAAAACCUUAAUCCUUCUAGAGGUACAGGAAGCUCAAAGAAUCAAGAUAGUAUGGCUGCACAAAAUGUUCAUCAAAAGUCUCAGAUCAGUGGAUAUACACGCAAGACACGAGCAGAGUCAAACUUGGAUUCUAGAGAGCCUGGGACUUCAGUUUUGGAAGGAAGUGGACCUUCUAGGCUCAAGAAUUAUUUAACGUCUGGAAUGAAUAAUUCAGAUGUGGAUGAUAAUGAAGUUCAGGAAAGUUUGAAUGAUUCAAGAGUAAAAAGGUCUAACUCAACACCAGAGAACAAGGUGCAUCACAAAUUAGCUUGUGGGAUCUUAGUCAUCAGGCCAAAGGUCGUGCCCGAGCUCCUGUGGUGGGAGCUGCGAGUCCAAACCGCUGGACUAACAGAGAACCUCAGCCCCCACAGAAUAUCAAUCGGAGUGAGGCCUCCUGGAGGUCCUCAUCUCAGGACCAAGACCUGGCUCUAUCCAAGUGCCUGCAAACUCCAGUGCUGGACGUCUCAGGCCAAACAACCAGUAAGACAGGAAUACAGCACCACCCAUCAAAAACAAAAAAAGGACAAAAAAAUAUGUUACAGAUGAAGGAGGAAGGUAAAAACCCACCAAACCAAACAAAUGAAGAGGAAAUAGGCAGUCUAUCUGAAAAAGAAUUCAGACUAAUGAUAGUAAAGAUGAUCCAAAAUCUUGGAAACAGAAUGGAGAAAAUACAAGAAACAUUUAGCAAGGAUCUGGAAGAACUAAAAGGCAAACAAACAGUGAUGAACAACACAAUUACUGAAAUUAAAAAUACUGUAGAAGGAAUCAAUAGCAGAAUAACUGAGGCAGAAGAACAGACAAGUGAGCUAGAAAAUAAAAUGGUGGAAAUAACUGUCAGGGAGCAUAAUAAAGAAAAAAGAAUGAAAAGAAUUGAGGACAGUCAGAGACCUCUGGGACAACAUUAAACGCACCAACAUUCAAAUUAUAGGGGUCCCAGAAGAAGAAGAGAAAGAAAAAGGGUCUGAGAAAAUAUUUGAAGAGAUUAUAGCCAAAAACUUCCCAAACAUGGGAAAGGAAAUAGACAAUCAAGUCCAGGAAGCACAGAGAGUACCAUACAAGAUAAACCUAAACAGAAACACACCAAGACACAUAUUAAUCAAACUAUCAAAAAUUAAAUACAAAGAAAAAGUAUUAAAAGCAGCAAGGGAAAAGCAACAAGUAACAUACAAGGGAAUCCACAUAAGGUUAACAGCUGAUCUUUCAGCAGAAACUCUGCAAGCCUGAAGGGAGUGGCAGGACAUAUUUAAAGUGAUGAAAGGGAAAAACCUGCAACCAAGAUUACUCUACCCAGCAAGGAUCUAAUUGAGAUUCGAUGGAGAAAUUAAAACCUUUACAGAUAAGCAAAAGUUAUGGGAAUUCAGCACCACCAAA